AUGGGCUCGACGGGUCGUUUCUUCAGGCUUAAAGUCGACAGCGCAUGGAGUCCCUCCUGUCGUGAGAUCGAUGACGGUGCAGCCUUCUUUUGCGAUGCCACCAAUCUGGAACCAAAUAGGGCGUAUGCAUUACAGCUGUUCCUCUGCUUGGAGUUUCUUGAACCCAUUGAAUGUCAGGCGGAGACCUUUAUUCGAACGGUGCGUACGGAACACAAUGGUAAGUAA